AAAAGAAACAAUUGAAAGACGUUAUAAGAGUUAGAACGGAAUCAACUUUCGUCCUGAAAUCAUUCUUUUUUGAUUUGUAGUUUGUCGGUUCGUCAGUCUUUUUUCCAUGGGUGACUCCCUAAUCUCUUGGGCUUGGAUCUUAAGCAGUUUUCAAGCUCAAAAUGAAAGCAUUUCAAAGGAAACGUUUGAGAGUUUGGUAGCUGAAAGGGUUUCUGCAUUCCAAAACAUUCGAUAUCCUUUGCGGGGAAGCGUGCAAGCUUCAAAAGCUACUGAAAAAGAAGAAGAAGAUUGCGUUUUGUCUGUAUAUAAACAUUCAUACCCAGUGAAAAAGUCUCAAAAGGAAUUUGCAAGGAGGUUAUCGGACUUAACAGGAUUUGAUGAAGCCGAAGUCCUGUAUGUGAUUCUCUCCUACAACGAUGAAUUUAUGCUUAAAUACUCUUCAUACUCAAAUGAUGAUGCAUUCCUUGUUCAGGAAUUCCAAAAGCGAUAUUAUGCUGAGCUAUUUUCUUGUUGGAAGGUAUUUGUCUUUUUGCUUCGUGCUUGCGCAGAUCCAAAUCAUUUCUGGUAUAAAGCUUCAAAAUACAUGGUUGUUGCAACUUUGGAACAAUCCAAGAAAUCAAAUCCUCGAGAACCGUCCGCCUAUUGUAUUGACUUAAUCGCCUACUUUAAUGAACUCUCCGAUCAGGCUGCUCCAAUUCAGUACACUUUACUAGGAGAAGCGACUCUAGCUCAUUGGUAUUUCUUCUAUUUCCACCUACAACUGCAAUUACUUCGAGUUUUGUUCCUUUUAAUCUAUUCCCUCCUCCCAUGCACAUCGGAAGUAGCUAUUGCUUGGUUUUCUUGCAUGAAAAAAACAAGGUUUUUGCAUGACCAAGAGUUCAUGCAUUUAGACAUGGAGACAGGAUUUUCUUUGUGCAAUAAGCUUACUUAUCUCGCAACGGUCAUUUCAGUAACAAUCAUUUCUUUAGACAAACAGGUUUUGCCGUUCCAAGCGAAUGAUGCCUUCUUCAUGACAUCUGGAGAUUGUAUUUUGAAAAUUCAAGACAUUAUGUCAAGUUUUCUUGGCGACCCGAUUGGUUCAGUAGUAGCAUUGACUUGGGGUAUUGCUCUUCAUAACCUUCAUAAUAGUCCCGAAAAUCUAAGCACCGUUCAAAACUCAAGCGUGGUCUCACAUACUCUUUUCAAAAACCCGCAGACUUCUUAUCAGAGUAUGAUUAUCUCGGCUGUUAGACUUGACCCUUUCUCUCUUAUGCAUUCUAUUUUAAAUGGGUUACAAGAUGAUGUUAAUUAUGAUGGUUAUUUAAUUAUUUUGGCUGUUUUAUUUGCGGAAGCUAUUUCCUAUGUAAAGUUCUCAUCUUCUGUCAUUUUUUGUGCUACCACUCUUUUCAAAAACCCACAAAUCUUUGAGAUGUUUUCCGAUAUCGAAAGUGUAGCUCAUCUAUUCUCUUAUGCAGGAGCUAGAUUCCCUUUUGAAUUAUCUCAGUUCCCGCUCUUGCUCACUCCUGUCCUUUCUUCGUUAAACCUUCAACGUCCAGUUAAUCCUGACUUUAAUUUAAAUACCACCUUUACUCAAGUUUUACCGAAGGGAUUCAAAUCUUAUGAAAUUAUACCUGAGCCGAACGUAACAACGAACGUUCUUAUUGAACUGCAGGACUCAUUACCUUUGGAACAAACUGGCUUUUUCUUUCCUAAUCCUGAGAAGGCUAUUCCUAAAGGUACUAGAGGAAGAAUUGUAUCUGUAGAUACAUUCCCUCCCAUUGUCAUGUGGGAUGUGGUUUAUCCACGUUGGCCUUGUAUUGGUAUAUCUUUACAGCAUAUCGUAACAAAUAAUCUUUAUCAUCUGCAUGAUGAGUUUUUGGUGACAUUCUUGCACGCUUUGGUUGAUUUGUACAAAUCCAACACUACUGAAAUUCGUGAACUGACUCGAUUAGUUUCUAUUUCAUUGGAAGGAGAAUAUGACUUUAUCGAUCUUAUUUGCAGUGUUUUAGACCACUAUUUAUCAAAUUCCAGUCUGAGCGAUACUGAAUAUCAAAUAUGUGUUCUAUCCUGUCAGCUUCUUUGUGCAUUUGUUCAUAUUGAACCAACUAGCAUUUGGGCAUAUGCGAGUCGCUCUUUACAAAAGGUUUUAUCUUUAGGUAAUGUUAUUUUUGAACACGAAUCGCUAAGCGGUGUAUAUGAUUUUACUUUGGCUUUCUUUGAGCUUUACGAAUUACUACUCGAUAAUUGCAUAUCAACGUCCGUUAUUCCUGAUGACUUUUCCAUAAAUUUAAAAAGUGAGUUCGCUAAACAAUCUAUUCAGUGUUUCUGCGAAAUAUUUGCCAACUUUCUUGAUUGGAGAUACUCUAAGAUCAUCCAACAGUAUGAAAUUGGUUGUCGAUUCACAAGUCUAAUUACAAAAUUGCUUAAUGUCAUAUAUGGUAUCGAGUACUUUGGUUCUAAAGUCCCAAAUAAAAGAAUAUUACCGUUACAGCAACUAGGAAAUUACGUUGUACAAAGAUUUUUGGUUCAGCAAGAUGCCAAACGCUAUUUGCAUCCUUUACUUUCAAUUUUGGAUCGCAUAGAUCCUUUGUACACAGAAAUAUUUUCUUCUACAGAUAAUAAGUUAGCGGAGGUUGCUAAGAACUGGCUUGUUUCGUCUUUAGAAACGAUGCAAAUUUUGAUUGAUCUGAGAGGAUUUUUAAACCUUAAACCUUCCGAAUUAGAAAGGGACUUAUUCUCUCGUUCACCUCAACUUUUUUAUGCUUUACCUCAGAUUUAUCCAUGUGUAGGUUCAAUUCUCAGACUACUUACUUCGUUAAUUCUUGCCCCUUGGCCUUCUGAAACUCCUUCUCUUUUAGCUUAUAUGGUCAAUUUUACCGACGUCGUUGGUCGUGUAUGCGUACGUUUAUUGGAAAAUCCUAUACAUUCAAGUUAUAUCGAGGGAUGUGUUUGGAAAUUUUUGUCAUCAAUCAUGAAAGGACAGCAACAAGGGCUGGCAGUGCUUCUUUUCUCUGGCAAGAAAUUUCCUUUGGAAAACAUGAAGAGUUUAAGACACAAUGAGCAAACCCAAAUAACGUCAAGAAGCCUUAUUAAUUUGGCUGAAAAACGAAUGGAUAACUUUUUCAUUAAUGAUGUCUCCACACAGGUGCCUAUUAUUGAAUUUAUAUUUUUAUCAAGAAAUUUUUGGUCUGCGUCUUACGGAACGGCACAACAAGAGACAGAUUUCUGGAAAAAGGUUAUUGAUGCUAUUAAGCUUCCAGUUACAGUUUCGAGCCCUGAAUUAUUGGAAAUAUCCAAAGCGGAUCUUUAUGUUCUCGCCGCUCAUGCGGUAAGGAUUGCAGCUAUUCAGUUGCAUAUUGCAAAAUUUAAUAAAUGUGUUAGUGCAAAGAAACUUGUUAUAGAUCCGUUAAAAGAUUGUCUUCAUGACCUUAUCCAAUCUGCAUUUACAAUAACGACCUAUGAUCCUUCAGUCUUUGAAACGCUAAAUAAUAAUUUUGAAAGAUUUCAAAGCGAACUAAACGCAAUGUCUUUAAAAAACACAGGAAUUACUCCUCCUGUUUACGGAAAAAACUAUUUUUACAAUACACACCUUGCUAAAGCCAUGCUAUCCGUUUAUGGUAACAUUGAGCCAAUGAUUAGCAGUAUGGGGAGUGCUAAUGAUGCUCUCUCUACGCUAGAUGCUCAAACUGCACUCCUUCGGUCAUGGAGUAUAUUCUUGUCCGCAUUUAUUGAUUUUGUUAAAGAGGAUAGUACGUUAUCCUUCUUAGACUUCGACAUUAUGAAUUGGAUUUUGGAGUCCCUUGGAAAUGAUACUGUUGAUUCAUUUAUUAUUAGGGAUUUAUCUAUAGAACGAGCAGCUUUGGUUUUUCAUGUUUCACAACAUGCAAUGUCAGCUCCUCUUACGGAUGGUUUUAAAGAACGCUUAGAAUCACUAAUGGUAUUAACAUGGCAAGCGCUAAGUACCGAUAAGUUCUCUUUGUUUGAGGUUGAUAAUGGGCUUCAAAUGAAUUAUUACCGUCCUUUACUUCAAGUUUUGUACAAUGGUCUGAAUAAGCUAUUAUCGAACGCGAAUCAGAAAGUGAAUAUUGAAGUGGGAUUUGUUUCGGGAAUCCUAUCGAUGUGUCAUCGUAAAUUAUCUCAGUUAUUUCAGCAUGCCAUUACGGAACCAACGCCAGAUGUGCAUAGUGAUAUUGUUUUAUUAAAUGCCAUUCAGAACGUUAUAGUUAAUUCCCAAUUAAUUAAAGGACUGCAAUCUGUUUAUAUUAGUCAUAUUAUGGAUCACUCAUCAGUUGAAAACUGUUUGCGCUUGUUUUCAUGGUCUCACGCUUUGUUAAUAGACGGUCAGCCUUAUUUUGCUGAUGCAGCGCUCUCAUUUUUGGUAACUUGUUCUUCCAUACCAGCAGGAGCGGAACAGGUAGCAUCCCAGGGAGUGUUCUUUGCAAUUGCUGAAAGUCCAUUGAGUAGUUUAUUAAAAACAGGAGGGCUUGGUGCCGACGUUUCGUCUGUACAAUAUAAACUGUGGAUUCGAGGAAUUCUUCCUUUGCUGUUUAAUAUCGUGAAAUACCUUGGUAAUCGCACAAUGAAUGAUGCUAGAGAAUUUAUACUUUUGGUUUUACCUCAAAUUCAAUUCUCCUUCUUAAAUUGGUCUCAACCUCCUUCUUCAGUUUCAUUGGCGUCUAUAGAUGAAUCUUUUAUGUUGGUUUUAUUAAUGGACCUUUUACAGUACUUUAAUCCCGCUUUGCUACAAGAGAUUCGAGUGUCGGAGUUGAAGGCCGAAAUGUUAAAUGGUAUUGACUACCUAAUAUCUCACCCUAACUUCCUAUCCAGCUUGGCAGAGCCUGCUACCUUAUAUGAACAAGAGUAUGCCAUAGAGGUUAUCGGAUUACCGAAAGAGGAUGCUGAAGCUUCUAAGGAAACAAAAACCCAGUUUGCAAAAUUGAUUCGUAUGCAGCUUGAUAAAUUACGAGCUCAUAUAGAGUCUUAGCGGAAGGAAUGUAUUGUUUUUAUAGAUCUGUUUUUGUAUAGACUUAGGUUUUCAACUUUGAUACAGAAAAAGAUAAAGAGAAAAGAUUUAUUUAAGGGAACAAAUGAAUGGUUUAUGGAUAUAUCGACAACUAACCGUACCUAUUAUAUCCUUGUAACUUUGAAAGCGAAAGAUGAUAAUGUGAUUAGGACUUCUUCUAAAAGGCGUAAUUUUCUGAUACCGUCUAUGUUCGAAAAGAGUAAAGCCGUGGGAAAUCAUAAUGAGAAACUAACAACCUAGUGCUCGUAACAAUCCAAUUAUACAGAUAAUGAGUAUUAUUCAAUUAUUAAAUAACUUGUAAAAGUGAAUAUUUUCUACGCUUUCAUGGGGGCGUUCAUAAAAUUAUAUACUUGCUGCGAUACGUGGAUUUUCUUUCAUAAUACAUUUCUUUUAGAUUUAAUAAAAC